AUGGACGCGACCGAUUCGACAGCACUUGCGCUGCCGACAUUGACCAGGAUCCCGAUCGCGCAGCUAUCACCAACUCUUGAACAGCUCGAAGAGAAGUGUAUUCUUGCGACUGUUAGUCUCGUUUGGCCAUAUUCGUCCUCGACCAAGUCUCUCAGCCUUUCUCUCGCGGAACCGGAUUUCCGCCUACGUCGAUCAAAUGGACAAGUGAAGGCGACCUUUCAUGGGCGCAUCGCAGAGAAGGUUGCAGAAUCACACGUCGGGAUUGGAGAUACUGUUCGCCUCGCGUUGAAGGAUGCUGGAUUUGUUGGGAAUGAUGCAGCGACGCAGACUCCCGGCAGAAAUGUCGCGUGGGAUCUUCAAUUUGACAACGGCGUGUCACUAGAGAUCAAUCUUUCCUCAAAGAAUCUGUCGACAGUAAUCAUCGAGCAGUCCCCUCGCCUACCGCACGAUACAGAGAAACAGCUGCCUUCGACCCCCCGCGUAAUCUCGAUACACCCCACUUCAGACACAGCUCAUAGAACGGAGCCCUGGUCUUCGCCGGCAUUUGCACGAAUUGGACAAUCCCCGUUCAAGGCUGCGCGAGAUUCUGCUUUUGACCCUUUCACCGACGAGGAUGGGUCUAUCCCUGGGAAAGGAAGGAAACGGCCGAGAUAUAGCUUCCAAAGAGAUGAAUGGCGCAUUGAAAACACAUCGACAAAUAGCCAAGAGGACGAACCAGAGGACCUGGAAAAUGAAUGGGAAAAGGAGCUUGAGGAUGAAAUGAAUACCGAAGAAGACGCGCAGACCACUCCGAAAGCUCCCCAUAACAAUGAUGCUUCUCUUCUGGACAAUCCCGCCUCCGUGGACCAGGAAAACGCCGGAAGUCUAUUGCAAGAUUGUUCAUCCGUUUUUGUGAAGCCUUCACUUGAUAUUGCUGGAAGCCUUUUCGGGAGACGAGCACCUCAAAUAAACAAUGAACCUACUGAACAGAUUGAGACUGGUUUGCAAGGACACCUCGGAUCAGCUCCUCAUUUGCCUACAGAUACACCUCAGUUACGCCCAGUGCCAUCGCCCGGCCUUCCAAUCCCUUCACCUAUCGUGUCCAAUAACAAUAACUCCCAUGAGUACUUUUCGCUCUUCCACGCUCAACAAGCACAGACUCUUCAAUCCAUUGUUACUGGGACAGAAGAGGGGGCUGUUUCUCUGGUGCAGAGCUCCAUGGCUUACAUUUCACCCCCCUCGCAACCUCUCGCAACCAUAGCUCCUGUGGAGCAGCUAGAAAGUACACAACAUGACCAAUUCCUCUCAAGUCCAUUGUCGCUAGGGGACCACGACCAGGAAUCACUUGCGGAGAGGGAGACAGAAGACCAUCUUACCGAACAGAAUCAUGAGCAACCUGCACAGUCGACUGAGUUCUUCAACUCGCCAACCUUCCAGAAACCCCUAGAUUUCAAUGAACCUGAAUCUGUUGCGGAGUCUGUUGAUCGCCAUACCGAGGGAAUUGGCAGAGCUGAAGAAGCACCCGAUGAUGGGAUGGGCUUUUGGCACGAAGAACCCGCUUCCGGGUCAGAAAGCAAGCGAUCUGACAUUGAAGACAUCGAGGGAUCACCGGCGCAAACAGACCAUGCCCUCGGCGAUGCUAUGGUGAAUGCUGCUCGCGUGGUAGUCGAAAUGGAGCCCGCUGAAGACGAAAUAGAAGAGCAUGCACCUAAAGCAAUUGAAAGUGAAGACGAAAUUGUGGAAGCUGCUCUACCUGUUGAAGAUCAUCCGACCAGUCCCAGUCACAGUGGAAAAAGCAAUGACGAUGAAGAAGAAGUUCUCUAUAAUGAGGAUGAUGAGGACGAGGAUGCAGAAGACUCUGUGGGGGAAGACGUGGAUGAGGAGGAGUAUGGCUACGAGGACGAGUAUAGCAGUGAUGAGGAUCCCCAGACAGCGCAGCUGCCUCGGCCACAUCUAUCCCAACCUGAAAUCAUAGUGCUCGACAGCGACAGCGAAGAUGAGCUUGCUUCCGAUCAACCAGCCUCCACACCUUUGCAACCUACACAACGAGAGAGCAGCCACAAUCGCGAAUCUUAUACCGAGUCGCGCGUUGCGAACUUUGCAAAGGAGGAAGAGGGGCUGGAAGGAGUGGAGGGAGAAGAAGAAGAGGAAGAAGAGGAAGAAGAAUAUGAGUCUGAUUCUGAUGCGGUGGAAGAUAGAUAUCAUGGUGAGGACAAUGAACAAAUCCACGACAGUGACAUGGACGAUGAAUCUUCGGUGGACGAGUCAUUACACGCCCGUUACGUCCAGCAACAUUCGAGUCGAGAGCACUCUAUCGACGAAGAAUCUGUUGAAGAAGAGCACGAUGAGGAGGAGGAGGAAAUUGACACGGAGGAGCCGCAAGCAAGCCAGCAGGACUCCAACCCCAGGGAGAAGCCGGGAGCAGUCAUUGAUCUUGACUCGGACGCACAGGAACCCGAAGAAGAAUUCGACGAAGAGCCCGAAGAACAAUCCGACUAUGAAUCCAACCAGGAAUCCGAAAAGGAGGCGGGAAAAGACCAGCAGACAAGCCGUAUGAUACUUGGCUCUUCUGGUCGUUUCAUGGGCAGCCUGGACGGAGCCAAUGAUCGAGACCUGCUGCGGUCACCCAUGAAUGCCGAAGUGAACGAAGAUGUGGCAGAAAAUGAGGAAGAAAACGAGGUGAAAAACCAGGGAGAAGAACAGACAGAUGGCCCUGAGGAAGACAACGUCUCCCAACCGCAAUUGCAGCUUUCUGGCACCAAGGAUAAGCUCGUGAACGGCGAAUCGCCCGGCGAUACUGAGAACCUGCUCCCAAUUUCUGGUUCUGGUCGACAAGCCCAUCCAAGCCAAGAGAAGACGGAGGUCUCGCUUUCCCGUGCCAAGUCAGAACAACCUCUGGGGCUGAAAAUCUCAUCGGCAUCUGACCUGGAAAACUUUGGUCCUAAGGAUGAGGCUCGGCUUGACAAAGGUCUCGUGUCCCCUGAAAAUGCCGCACCUAGGUCCCUUACCGACACUUUAUACACUCGACAACAAGACGGAAAAGACGAUGUGAAUGUUGCUGUAUCCACCACCGAAAAUGGUCAGGUUGAUCAUCAUAUAACGAAGAUUUUGAACCAGAGCAAAUCUCCUGAAACGCCAAAAGUGACCAUUACCAAACCCCCAGUCCCUGACCGCAACGCCCAUGGAUUACGCAGCAAGUUGUCCUACUUUGCUCCUCUUGCCGCACUCGUCGACCACUACAAUGCCCUGGUAGACACAAUUUCUAUUAUCCACGAAGCAACUCCAAUUUCCAAAGGCAGCUCCGGCUCAAGAGACUAUUUUGUGACUGUCCAGCUUACCGAUCCCUCUAUGGCUGGCACAACACUUCAAGCCCAGAUCUUCCGACGUACCAAGUCGGCCAUGCCAUCUCUAGCUGAAGGCAAUGCGGUCUUGCUUCGGGACUUCAAAGUUCGGAGUUAUGAUCACUCGAUUAUGCUCAUCAGCGUCGAGUCUAGUUCGUGGGCUAUAUUCGAUGGCUCCGCACCAGAAGCACAUAUGAGUGGACCACCCGUGGAAUACGGCUCACAGGAACGCGCAUAUGCGUCCGGUUUGCGAAGAUGGUACACUGAAGUUGGCGCUUCCCAUGUUGCCGACAAUCAACUACAGGCGUCCAUUGAACGAGACAGUAUGGAUCGAGGAGUUACACCCAGCGAUGUGGCGAUCAGUGAAGCUGGAAGCUUUGAGUCAGCCGUCCGCGGUGAUUCAACGUCAUCUUCUCGGGGUACCAAGCGUACCCGGCGAAGAGACCGGCGGGUCACUAUUCACGAGCUUCGAGAUGGAACUCGCUAUACGGAAGUUGGUUCGCCCGGCAGUAGAGAAAGCAUCCACGAGCUGCGGGACGGCACAGUCUAUGCUGAUCUAUGA